CAGGAGGGCGGCAUGGAACCGAGCCCAGAGGCAUACGGUGACGCCGUCAUCGCGGUGGCAAUGGCCGAGGAGGCGGAGAUGGCCGCGGAGCUCCUGGACAGGGGCGCCAGGGCGACCUACCCGCAGAGCCUGCCGGGCGCUGCCUACGUCACGGUGGUGCAUGCCCUGGAGAGGGGCUCCCGCUGGGAGCUCGCCCUCGCGGUGCUCAGGGGCAUGCGCUCCAGGGGCGCGCUGCCCAGCAAGCUCGUCUGCGACGCCGUCGAGCGGGCCUGCGCCGCGGCCGGGAGGCCGGAGCUGGCCCGCGAAGUGGAGGCCUGUCUGCCGCCCCAGCGCGAGGGGAAUCCAGGCGGCCCGGCGCGGCCCCGGCGCCGGCCCUUUCUGGCGGGGCUGCCUCCCAUCCGCGGGGCUGCUGCUGCCUGAGGCGCGGCGCCGCAGGGUCUUUUCCGGCAAACGCCGCGAGCGUGCUCGACAUCGCUCCCCUCUCGGGUGCCGUCUCGCUGCCGCGGCCCGCCGUCAGACCGCUGCCAGGCGGACCGCGCGCCUCUCGCUGGGCGGAGGCGCUCUCGCCUUCUCGCCGGCCGGCUUUCGGGAG